UCCCCGCCUAAUUUCAUUUCUCCUCCUCCUCUCUUAAACCCUAAAAAAAUCAAUCCGUCCAUUUACCCAUUAAUCAAUGAGCGAAAUAGAAAUGGAUACAGAAAUUCAAGUCAGAACCUUAACCGGUGAAUCAAUUAACGUCUCAAUUUCACAAAAUAACUCAAUUCAUCAACUUAAACUUCUUCUCAAACAGACUUUCCCUCCCGCCACUUCUUCCCCUAAUUUCCAUCUUUUCCUCACGGGUAGAAAACUAAGUUUGCAGAGUACGAUAACUAGUAUAUCAAUUUCCGAUGGGGAUUUUAUCGUUCUUGUUCCGUUUACAAGAAAGGACAAGCAGCAAGCCGUGGAGACGAGUGUUAAUGAGAAAGAUUUUGGGAAAAAUGAUGAGUGUUCGACCUCGAAGUUUGCUGAUUCGGCAUGGUCUGAUAUGAUGGAAGAUUUGACUGCGUUGCAGGAACGACAGGUUGAUGGGGAUGAGAAGCAGCCGGAUGUUGAGUUUCGGAGAACGGAGUUAAAUGUUCAGAAAGAAGGUGAUAAGGGUUUGUUUGAUGAGGGAAUGAACGAGCUUUUGAAUGUAUUGGAAAAAUGUGAUGGCGAUGAGUUGGGCGAAGAGAGAUGUGCGAAGUUUUUACAGGUUUUGGAGUUGGUUAAUUGUUUAUCAGAUUCAAAAACAUCGGAGUGUAUGUUGAGGAAAGCAAAUACAGGAAGUAGUGGAAUCAGUUUUGGUGUUGAAAGUAGUUGUUUAUGCAUUUGUCCUUCGUGGUUGAAGGUUCUUUUGAAGGGGUUCUAUUUUGUGAACAUUUACUCUACUUUUCUACAAGUUCAGCAAGGAAAAGCCACCUUGCUUAGUUUGGAGGGAGGACUGAACCAGCUACAGAAGUUUGGAUUUGGAUUUGAAUGUGCUGAUCUUGCGAGUCUUUCGUUGCUCUGCCCUAAGAUUAUACAAUUGAUUGACCAAGAGAUGAAGGGCAGAAGGUCAAACAAUGCGAUUGUCAUCCUUAAGUCAAAAUCAGAUCAGAGAUGCCCACAUAAAGGCAAGAAGAAAAUGUUUACCGCAAGAGUAGUAAGUGCAAUGAGAAAAAGAGAGGGUGCCUUCAAAGCAGAUUUAUGUGCAACUGUUACAUCUUUUAUGGAACAAAAGGGCAACAUGAUAAUCAAGUCAUGCUCCUUGAGAGAUCUUUUACUACGUAUAAACGAGGGAAAUCAUAAGGAAACUAGAUUAGAUGCUAAGCGAACAAGGAGAAGCUUGUCUGAACCCUUAGAUUCCUUUUCACUUGAAGGACAAUGUAAUGAGGCAAAUUCUUUGCUACCUACAGAAAUGGUCGGGCAUCUGAGAGCAGGCCUUGGUUCGCAAGGACAGAUGGUUCAUGUGGAAGAGAUUAAGGGCAGAAUAGCUAACUUUGUGGAGAUUCCUGGUUAUCUAUCUGAAAGGAUGCAAUCUGCGCUUAAAUCUUCUGGGGUCUUAAAGCUGUAUAGCCACCAGGCAGAGUCCAUUGAGGCUUCCCUUGCUGGAAAGAGUGUUGUUAUUUCAACUAUGACAUCUAGUGGAAAGUCUCUUUGUUACAAUCUACCAGUUCUGGAAGUAUUGUCUCAAGAUCUCUCAGCUUGUGCUCUUUACCUCUUUCCAACAAAGGCUUUGGCACAAGAUCAACUAAGGGCAUUGUUAUCGAUGACUGAAGGUUUUGGUGUAGGCUUAGACAUUGGAAUAUAUGAUGGAGAUACUUCUCAGGAAGAUAGAUUACGGUUGCGUGAUAAUUCUAGACUGUUAAUCACAAAUCCAGAUAUGCUUCACAUGUCAAUAUUACCGUAUCAUAACCAGUUUACGCGAUUCCUAUCAAACCUCAGGUAUGUGGUAGUUGAUGAAGCUCAUACGUAUAAGGGAGCUUUUGGAUGUCAUGCUGCUCUUAUUAUACGGAGGCUUCGGCGGCUCUGUGCUCAUGUUUAUGGGAGUGAUCCGUCAUUUAUAUUUUGCACUGCAACUUCUGGCAAUCCCCGUGAACAUGCAAUGGAGCUUGCAAGUUUGCCAACAAUGGAGCUAAUUCACAAGGAUGGCAGUCCAUCUGGGCCCAAACUGUUUGUCCUCUGGAAUCCUCCUUUACUCAUGAAAACUGUUAACAAGAGAACCAGAAGUCGAACAAAUACUGACAAGUUUGAUAGGGAAGUUGUCGUUGGCCGCUCAAGUCCAAUAUUGGAAGUUUCUUAUCUCUUUGCUGAAAUUAUUCAGCAUGGACUUCGUUGCAUUGCAUUCUGCAAAACACGAAAACUGGCAGAGCUUGUAUUAAGCUAUACGCGUGAAAUUCUUCAGAAGACGGCACCCAAUCUUGUAAAUUCUGUGUUUGCUUAUCGGGCUGGCUAUACUGCUCAGGAUCGGAGAAGAAUUGAGAGUGAGUUUUUUGGUGGAAAAAUUUGUGGUGUAGCUGCCACAAAUGCUCUUGAAUUGGGGAUUGAUGUUGGGCAUAUAGAUGUCACCCUGCAUCUAGGGUUUCCUGGUACUAUAGCUAGCUUGUGGCAGCAAGCUGGGAGGUCUGGAAGAAGGGAACAGCUAUCACUUGCUAUAUAUGUUGCGUUUGAAGGACCUCUUGACCAGUACUUUAUGAAAUAUCCUAACAAACUCUUCAGAGGCCCAAUUGAAUGUUGUCAUGUGGAUGCUAAAAACCUGCAGGUGCUUGAACAACACUUAGUUUGUGCAUCUCUUGAACACCCACUAAGUGUGGCGCAUGACGAGAAGUACUUUGGCCAUGCCCUUAAAAGUGCCAUAAUGUCACUUAAAAGUAAAGGAUAUGUUACUACCGAUCCGUCUAGAGAUCCAAGUGCUCAAAGUUGGAAAUACAUCGGGCAUGAGAAAAUGCCUUCUCAUGCUGUUAGCAUACGUGCAAUAGAAGCAGAGAGAUACAGAAUAAUUGACAUGAAAAAUGACAAAGUUCUUGAAGAAGUUGAAGAAAGCAAAGCCUUUUUUCAGGUGUAUGAUGGUGCUGUUUAUAUGCAUCAGGGGAAAACAUACCUAGUCAAGAAUUUAGAUAUAUCUACUAAAGUUGCCUUAUGUUUGGAAGCUGACUUGAAGUAUUACACCAAGACCCGUGAUUACACAGAUGUUGAAGUUGUAGGUGGUCACAUUGCCUACCCUGCAAAGAUUUGUAACAUUCAGAAAUCAAGAAUAAGUGCCCAAUCCAACCCGUGUAAAGUGACCACUACCUGGUUUGGUUUUAGACGUAUAUGGAGAAGAAGUAACCAAGUAUUUGAUACAGUUGACCUGUCACUUCCUAGUUAUACAUACGAGUCACAGGCUGUUUGGAUUCGAGUACCACAAUCACUAAAAACAGCUGUGGAAACAGAAAAUUAUUCCUUUCGUGGAGGGUUGCAUGCUGCCGGUCAUGCACUUCUGCAUAUUGUGCCUCUAUAUAUUAUUUGCAACUCAUCUGAUUUGGCUGCAGAGUGUGUUAAUCCUCAUGACACUCGUUAUAUGCCUGAAAGAAUUCUACUUUAUGAUUCUCAUCCUGGCGGAACAGGGAUUUCAGCACAGGUUCAACCUAUUUUCACUGAGCUUUUAACUGCUGCAUUGGAACUUAUUACUUCUUGCUGCUGUUCUGUGGACACUGGUUGUCCCAAUUGUGUUCAAAAUCUUUCUUGUCACGAAUACAAUGAAGUUUUGCACAAAGAUGCAGCGAUCAUGAUCAUUAAGGGAGUAUUAGAACUGCAGAAAUUAAGUUUCACGGGUACUUCGAGUUCUUCAUAACUAAAGUUCAUUCAUUUCUCAUUAGUUUGUAAAUCAUUAUACUUACCUAAGCAUUGUAUAUACACUUCUAUAGGAAACGAUUGAACUUAAGUAAAGUAAUAAAUAAACACAAAUGAUGCAAGAAAUAAUCAACA